AGAGAGAGAGACACGAUGGCAGCAUUUGAUCCGCAAAACCCAAAUCUACUUUGUUCUUUUGAAGCGAGAAUGGAGAUGGAGCAAGAAUUGGAGUGGGCCGAGGCGCAGAAGAUUGUCAUUAGCGAAGACCUCGUGGCUGCAGCAAAGCAACAGCUGAAGUUUCUUGCAGAGGUCGACAAGAACCGCAACCUCUAUGAUGGUCCAGUUUUAGACCGAGCCGUUUUGAGGUAUAAGCAGUGUUGGCUUCCCUUACUUGCGAAACAUACCAAAUUCAAUGUUACAGAAGGCCCUUUGGUCGUGCCACUUGAUUGUGAGUGGAUAUGGCAUUGUCAUAGGCUAAACCCGGUGCGCUACAAGGACGACUGCGAAGAACUUUAUGGGAGAGUUCUUGACAACUGGAACGUCGCAUCCUCUGUCCAGGGAACUUGCAAAAAGCAAACUGAAGAAAUUUGGAACAUCAUGUAUCCAAUAGAACCAUACGAACUCGAUCCAAGUAGCCAGUUAACAGAGAAUUUUGGUGCAAUUGUUAUGGGUGCUUCAGAAAGCACCGACUACGAUUUACAUUCAGCUGUCAAAAGACAAUGUCCUUUCUUCUACCAGGUAUCCGGUCCUGCCAUGAAUGAUGAUCACUUUCUCGAGGGAGCGGUGGCCAGAUAUAAGGGGUUUCUGCAUCUGAUAAAGAGAAACAAAGAGAGGUCAAUUAAUCGCUUCUGUGUCCCAACUUAUGACAUUGACCUCAUAUGGCACUCACACCAACUGCAUCCUGAUUCUUACUGUGAAGAUUUGGUGGCAAUAGUGGACAAGGUAUUAGAGCAUGAUGACACAGAUUCUGACAGAACCAAGGGUAAAAAGCUGGAUGUUGGGUUUUCUAGAACCACCAAGCAGUGGGAAGAGGCGUUUGGUUCAAGGUACUGGAGGGCAGGAGCAAUGUAUAGAGGGCGCGCUCCAUCUCCUCUUGCUAUUAAUCUGCACAAAGUGAAUACUAUGAGCAUGAAAUUAACUCCAUCCAAUGAGUAUCAGAAUGUGAUUCAGCUUCCCAAGAAGACACUGGUAGAGGUUAUGCUGGAGAUUGUGGGGAUCAAAUACUUACAAGUUGGGUUCAAGGGCAAUCUUUUCGUCUCCUUUGGAAAGGAACAGCCAGAUCUAGUCUUCAACACCAGGAAACGAACAAGCAUGUACUCCGAGUCUGGAAAGAAACAAGUCAUUGUUUUCCAGUGUGAACCUACUGGAGAGCUUUUCUUCGAACUUAUGACCUCGUCAUCCCUCAACUUGCCCACAGAGAGGGCAGUUAAAGUAUUGGGAACUACUUCAAUCCCUCUAGAGCACCUUAUUCAUCCAAUCUCUAAACUGCCCAUAGAGAGAUGGUUUGACCUGAGGCCAAAUCCUGGAGUCACGGUUUCGAAGCCAAUUAGUUUACUGAUCGCUCUCUCCUUGACUGCUCCCACCCCAGCACCAUAUGUGGUGCAAAUGGUUCGAACAGGUUCAUUCUCAAAAAGUCCAUGUUUCAUUCCACUUCCUGGAAGGUCUUUGCAUCUUGAUAGCAAGACAUUUAUUCUGGAUGAGGCUGAUAAUGAGAUCAUCAGCCUCCUCAUGAGCGAAUCAACAAUAAAAGAUGCAAGCAGUUCUCUUUCCAAUAAAGAAGUGACUGGCAUGGCUGCAUCCGGAGAAACCCAUGUGCUUGCAGAAUUUGAUGGGAAAAUGUGGUCUUUAAUUAACGCUAACUGGUUGCUUCAGCUUCAAAAGGAAUUGAAUGAAGAUGGCCAUAUUUUUGAGCUCACAGGUAUUCAGAAGGUAAUUAUUGUUCCUGGUAGAAAACUGGAGUACGAAUCCGACUGCUGUGAGAAGCUAAAAGACGAACAGAACUUCAUGACAGCUGUCGAGUUCUCGGCAGAAAAUCCUUACGGAAAAGCCGUGGCGUUAUUCAAUUUAAAAUCUGGCCUUCUAGAGAUCAAGGAAGAGUGGCUAGUAUUGCCCGGGAUCUUAUCAGCUUUCAUUAUCUCAGAUAUUUUGAGGAAGGAGGGCUAUAGUGGUAUCAGCACAGACAACAUACAGGAUCAAAGAGAAAUGGUUAAUGUUUUGACGGAAGAUGCCGAGAGGUGCAACAAAGAGACCAGAAAAACCAACUCCUUCAUUGCCUUAGAGAAAGCAAUGGGUGCUGAUGAGGCAGUUGAGAACGGUCGUAAAGUGAUCCUAAAAGAGAACUGUACAUGCAGUAGAAAACAUGGGUACAAGAGAAAAGCUCCACGCAAGAGUGUAGCACGUGAGAAAUUUGCUGAUUGUAGACCUUGUAGAGGGUGUGCUGAUGGUGGUGCAGAGGAUGGCACAGGCUGUAGAGAGCGCUAUGGUGGCAAGAAUGAAGCUUCGAUGAAAGGCAUCCCAUAUGGAACGUGUGAUGAUGGUUACGACCACAAAGAUUUGGUGAAAAGUGGUGUUUGUGGUGCCGGAGGGGGCUGUAGUGGUGGGUGUGGAGGUUGUAGAGGUGGCGGUGGCGGUGGCAGUUGUAGAGGAGGUUGCGGAGGUGGUGGUGGUUGUGGGAAAUGAGAUGCCUGCAGCUUAAGAUUAUGCCACAUUAAGUUCUGAAUUAUGCCAAUUCUACCUAAAUAACAACUUACGUAGCCGUGUAGAUUAUACAUGGCCCCCCAGAUUAUGAUAAAUGAACCAUUUCAGUCAAUAAAAUUAGAAGUGAUUCAAGUGAA